AGGGUACGUACUCUCUAGUGGGGACCUCAGCUCGACAAAAUUUUUGUACCUUUUCUUUGCAAAGCUUCAAUUUUUCAUCCCCAAUCACACACGCUUAUCACGACAAUCUUGAAUGCGCAAAUCCACACAAGGGUUCAUUCAACAGGCAAGAUGACGCGAGUAGACUUUCUGCUGCAUGAGUCCGCUGUCGGCUAUGCUAUCUUUAAGGUUGUCCACCAGCAGGAUGCUGUUGGCCUGCACCUGAAGGAGGUCCAGAAAGCAGGACAAGAUCUCUCCAAGUUUGGCAAGAUGGUGCAAUUGGUCAACUUUGCGCCUUGGAGAAAUGCUGCCGACGCUCUUGAAAACAUCAAUCUAAUUUCGGAGGGUAUUCUCCCCGAGUAUCUCCAGUCUAACCUCGAAUUAAACCUGCCUCAAUCGAAGAAGAGCAAGAUCGUCCUCGGUGUCGCCGAUAAGAACUUGGCUGGUUCCAUUAAGGCUGCCUUCCCCGGUGUUGAAUGUGAGACUGGUGAUACGUCCGAAGUAGUGGCCGACCUUCUAAGAGGCAUCCGCCUUCACGCGGCCAAGUUGCUCAAGGGUCUCCAAGAGGGAGACGUGGAGAGGGCCCAGCUGGGUCUUGGUCAUGCCUACUCCCGUGGAAAAGUCAAGUUCAAUGUCCACAAAAAUGACAACCACAUCAUCAGAGCCAUUGCUACUCUAGACAAUCUCGACAAGGGUAUCAACCUAUUCUCUCAAAAAGUACGAGAAUGGUAUGGCUGGCACUUCCCUGAGCUUAUUAAUGCUGUUUCGGACAACUUGACCUAUUCGCGCUUGGCUCUCUUUAUUGGCGACAAAUCUACCCUGUCAGAGGAGAAGCUUCACGAGAUUGCUGCUCUAGUCAAUGAUGACGAAGAGAAGGCCCAAGAAAUCAUCACCAAAGCCAAGAUUUCUAUGGGCCGAGAAUUGUCCGACGUUGACAUGAGCAACAUUUCUACUUUCGCCGGAAAGGUAGUUAAACUUGCUGAAUACCGAAGAACACUCUACAGCUACUUGGUCGAUAAGAUGAGCACUGUUGCGCCCAAUCUGGCUGCCCUCAUUGGCGAAGUUGUUGCCGCUCGUCUCAUCCAAAAGGCUGGUUCCCUCACAAAUCUGUCCAAGUAUCCAGCUUCUACGCUCCAGAUUCUUGGAGCCGAGAAGGCCCUGUUCCGUGCUUUGAAGACGAAGGGUAACACGCCCAAAUUUGGUCUCAUCUACCACAGUUCGUACAUUGGCCGAGCAAGCCAAAAGGACAAGGGCCGUAUUUCAAGAUACCUUGCAAACAAGUGCAGUAUUGCCAGCCGAAUUGACAAUUUCGCCGAGCAGCCAUCGAAGAAGUUUGGAGAUGCAUUGAGGAGACAAGUCGAAGACCGACUGGAGUUCUACGCCACGGGCAAGAAGCCAACCAAAAAUGCAGAUGCCAUGAACCAAGCAAUGGCCGAUAUCCUCGCCGAUGGCCAGAGUCUGGCCAUUGAUACAGAGAUGAUUGACGCACAUCUCCCACAGAAUGCCGCCACGCCUAAGAAGGAUAAGAAGUCUAAGGACAAGAAAGACAAGAAGGAGAAGAAGCGCAAGCAUAGUGACGUGAACGACCAAGUGGAAGUAGAAGCGGACGGAGAAAAGAAGAAAAAGAAGAAGAAGAAGCAUGCGGACGAGUAAGAAUGCGCCGUUACCAGACGUUGAAAAGAUACAUGGUUGAACCAGGCAUCGGUUGGGCGUUCCGGAUUUGCAGGUGUUUCUCUAGGCGCGGUUGUGUUUAGGGUGGAUUCAUACCCGUCGUUAUUCUGCUGGUUUAAGUGGAACUUAGUGUCUAUGAAUCAACGAGUCGCAGGGAAUAUAGUUUGUUUCUAUUGUUUAGCAUGGUCACAGUUUGCGAUAACACUCACUGCUGGGUGAUUUAGUGACAUGCAUACCUCAUACAUGUGUGUAGCACCUUUGCGCGAGGUAAUUGUACCUGUCUGCAUCCCUCAUUCCUCCGACAGCUAGGUUGGCAAUUUUCGUAGACUUAGCAUAUUAAUUUCCGGCUGCAGGACGUCGACGCCUAGGACCAAAUCGAAUUCGUAUUUUUCUU